AUGGCUGCUAUCGCUCUUGAAAGGGUCAUGGGACAGCAUGACCAACGGACCUUGCACCCGUUCUUUGGGAAAGGCCCAAAAGAUACCGAUCUCCCAUCGUCUAAAUGCAAACCUUUACGAUCCCUGGAGCCUGAAGGUAGAGUGCCGGUUAGGAAAGAUAUUGUUAAAAUAUUGAUAGAUCCUACAUCUGGUUCAGAUAGCCCCAAUCAGAGCUGUGAAAAGCCUUCAGCUCGUGGCAGCAGAAAGAGGGACAAGCAAUUACAGCUCCCGCUCACAAGUAAUGUCCACGAGCCCCAACCUAUCACGAGAGACGAGGAUGUUAAUGGUAGCCGGAAAAAGCGCCGCAAAACAUACACUCCAGAAUCUGCUGGACAGAUCACGGAGGAGCCACUAUGCCAACAUACUGUUCAGCAAAAUCCGGCGCCUUCGUUGGGUGCACAGCUCGAGGCUGCUGCUCGCAACGAGGCUGAUGCUGUAGAACAACAAUCCGGGAAUCAAAGCGGAGUCGAGGUGCCCGCAGCGGUUGUGGUUUCGGAGGAAUUACAGAACCAGCCAUCUUCAUCCUCAUCAGUUAAUAUCCACCCGAAGUCCGAUGAUCCUCCUAUCAAAACGUUAAGACUAAACCCAAACGGGAAAUUAUUGAAUUCUCCAGUGCGAUCCAAAAGCACACCUCGGGAUCCUGACGGGCCGAACAAAAAGAAGAAAUCUGUUUCUCAGAAACGAAGCAAAAAACAUUCUGUGUUGGUAUCGUUGAAUUAUGGAGCCAACGAAGAGUCACGUUCCUCGAUAGGCCAGCAAAUAAAUGAAAUAAUUGGUGGUCGGAAACGGUAUCCUUUAUCGAGGGAUGUUGUCUGCGAUCUUCUCCCUAGUCAUCCAUCCCAACAAUCUUCGAAGCCUACGCAUCCAUUUUUCCUUGGGAAGGCCGCAGCGCAGAUAACAGAAGCGAAAUGUGAACAGGGUGAGGAUAUAGCUACCGACCGCCUAGCAUGCGCUCAAAAUGGCCGAGCAGCCGCUACUAAUCAACUCUCGGACCAAGGUCCCCAACAUAGUCAACAAACCUCGAACCUGUCACAACAGGGGAAUUAUUCCAAUGCGACAGCAGCGAAAGCACGAUCACUUCUUCCCCAAAACAUAGAUCCCACCGAUCCAAUUUGGCCCCCGAGGGGGGCUGUCCAUGUACGUGGGCUUCCACCGAAUGACGAUAACAACUUUUCGUUGGUGGAUUUCGAAGAGAGAAAAGCAAAAGGCUUGGUUGCCUCAAUACCAGAAUAUGAGAAUAUCCUUUGUGUUAAAUCACGACUUUUCUCACAUAUUAUCGGGAGCGAUAUAAGAUCCGCAGUAUUAAGAUCCCCAAAGAAAAAAAUAUGCACUCGUGACACAUUCAUGGGAAUAGUCAUGAGUCGACUUGGUUUAGCUCCAAUGCCUACGGAAAUGAUUGGCGAAAAUGUUCACCGUCAGCGAACCUCAAUACCGUACACGUCGCACCCUGCAGUGGCUCAAGUUCUCUCUUCGGUACGAUCAUCAACGACUGCUUUCGACCAGGGGGAAUCAGAUGACUCGCCCUGGACGCAGAAAUAUGCACCUAAUAGAGCAGAUUCCGUACUGCAGCUGGGUACUGAAGCCAUGGUUCUAAAAAGGUGGCUGCGAAAUCUCACCGUGUCGACAGUAAGCAGCGGUGCUUCCGAAAAUGAUGGAAAGCAGACGAAAAAAAUUCCUGGUGAGAGCGCAAAACUGAAGAAAAGGCGAAAAAGACCAAAGGAUCUUGAUGAAUUCAUUGUUUCCAGUGAUGAUGAUGCACCGCCCCAAAUGGAUGAAAUCGGUACUCCUAACGAUGAGGACGAAUUGGCUGGUGGAGUUACUAUAUCUAAUAAAAGGACCGUCGUUCGAUCCGAUAGUCCAAUCAGAGACACUAAAUCGGCGUUCGAAAAUCGUUUAGUGGCUAAUUCGAUACUUAUCAGUGGCCCUUCAGGUUGUGGAAAAACUGCGGCUGUCCAUGCAGUAGCCAAAGAACUUGGAUUUGAAAUUUUUGAAAUAAAUGCUGGAAGUCGUAGAAGUGCCAGGGACGUUGUCGAACGUGUCGGAAACAUGACACAAAACCAUCUAGUUCAACUCCUUGGACAAGUCGACGACAAGUCCCGUACCGCACCUUCACUCAAGCCAAUGUUUUCCACGCACAACAGUGAACCUGGAAAGCAAAGCACCGUGAAAACCUUUUUUGGAAGGAAUAUGAACACGCCAGAGACAAAGCGAGGGGACAUGGAUGAUGAGCCUUCGUUUAGCGGAAGAGGACCAUUUCCGAAAGCACAACCGAGCCAGAAACAAUCUCUGAUUCUCCUUGAGGAAGUAGACAUCCUCUUUGAAGAAGACAAACAAUUCUGGAGCGGUGUUCUAACGCUCAUUAGCCAGUCUAAGAGGCCGUUUAUAUUGACAUGCAACGAUGAAAGGUUGGUUCCCCUUGAGCAGUUGAAACCACAUGCGAUUCUUCGAUUUCGCCAGCCCCCACGAGACCUCGCAGUUGACUACCUCCUCCUCCUUGCUGCUAAUGAAGGGCAUAUUCUGGAUCGAGAAUGGAUAUCCGAACUAUACACUGUAAUGCGUUUAGAUCUUCGUGCAGCCAUCAUGCAGUUGAAUUUUUGGUGUCAGAUGGGUGUUGGGAGUAAAAAGUCAGGCCUAGACUGGUUUACUAUGUUGCCCGUUCGACAUAAUAACCAAACACAUGAGGAUAAUCGUCCUAAGAUUGUGAGCACGGACACGUAUGUUCAUGGAAUGGGGCUUGUCUGCCAGGAUCUCACCUGUGAUGAUGAUGCUUACGAACGAAGGAACCAGCUUAUGUUCGAGUGUUUAGGCCAAUGGCAAAUAGGUCUUAUGGACUGGCAUGAAUCGAACAUGUAUCGGGACGAGUUACGGGGUCAUGAUGGCCAGAGUCGCCUUGAAGCGCUGGUCCAGGAAAGUCAAAAGGCUGAUAUGAUGGCUAACCUCGAUAUGAUUUGCAGAGGUUCUCCUGAGUCCCCUACUGAUGAUGUCUUUGACCUUUCCUGGCCUAAAAUCACUAGUAAACGGCGCUCCACGUACACAGAAGGGUAUAAACUGCUACAAACGGAUCUACUGGCUGAUUACGCAUGUCUGGCAACAAAAAUCGGUGUCGCAAUGACUGUUUUAUUGGACAACUCCUUCCAUGACUCCUCACCAUCCUCCGACGAAAACACCAUUAUCCAGCAGACCCUGGAAAAAUUCUCCUCUCAUAAACCUGUAUACCUAAACCAGUCCAUUCUACGCAACACCUUCGAGCCGAUAAUGGAUGAUUCGGACCCGUUUAACGCUCCAUCUGGCCGUCAAUCCUUUUCGUUUGACGGCGGUGCAGCACCAAUUUCCGAAGACCUAGCACCGUAUAUACGAGCAAUUGUGGCUUUCGAUUUACGGCUCGAGCAACACCGGCUAGCCCUUAGUGGACCCCUUCCACAUGACUCCAAGAGUAGCAAAAGGAUCCGAACGACUAGAUCUAGCCUAGCAGCUCUUGAAGGAGGUGAUAAAGCAAGUGUACGCAAGGAUAGGUGGUUUACGGGGAAACUUAAUACUAGCAAUGUCCUGGCUACGGGAUGUCCGGAAUGGCAAGACGCACUCAGAUGGAAGAUUCAAAGGAUCUCUGACCAUUGUGAGACUUCAGGGCAUAAAAUUGUGGACUUAAAGACUAUGUGGAUUAGUACUCUUAAUUAUUUGCAGCUUGAUAAGCACGUCCUUGAAGCCAUCUCCAUUCUCGAACCCACGAUCAGGCUGAGCCCUUCAUUAUCCGGUGUGAUCUGGAUAGGACUUAAAUCACAACCAAGUAUCCUCCCCCUCCCACCAGGAACCCAGCUUCGCCCUUUCCCCCUUGCUACCCGCAAUAUGUCCCUCUUUGGUACGUCUCCCGGAGAUUCACCUGUGGCCAAAGCCACUGCCACUUCUGCCUCCCGCUCCAAACCAUCCUUGUUUUCAGAUCAGCCGGCCUUGGGUGCAACCUCAUCAUCCGCCCUAUUUGCCGACGAGGCACAAGGAGGUUCCUCAGCAUGGAACUCGCCAAAUCCGAAAAGGGCUGCGCGCCACGAACUUGUUAAAAUGCUAUUACCAGCCUCAGAGGUUCCGGAAGGGUACAUUGAUGCAUAUGAUGCAGUGUUGGAUUCGGGGGAUAAACUUGGUGCUGGCAUUUCUGUCAUGGGGGCGAGGAAAGUCCUGCGAGAUUCUAGUUUGAGCGCAGAGGAACAGGCUACAAUUCUGAAUAUGGUCGCCCCUGGUGGUCGCGAUCUGCCGAACGGGCUAGGGAGAGGCGAAUUCAACGUUUUGCUUGCUCUGAUAGGUUUAGCCCAGGAGGGCGAAGAUCUCACUUUUGAUACGAUUGACGAAAGAAGAAAGAGACUUCCCAAGCCUAGCAUACCAUAUGUCGAUCGGUUGAAGUCCCGCCACAGCACAGCGAUAGCACCACCCGAACACGCAGUUCCUCUCCCCCACCAGCCGUCACCGCGUCGGAUGACGCAAGGGUCAUUUGGGGAUUCUGAUCCGUGGGGAAGCCCCGCAUUGCAUCGCGGUCACAAUCAUUCAAUUGAGAAUGGUAUUGGAACUAGCCCCGUUGUAAACGGGUUCGUCGCGUCUUCACAUUCUGCUACGAAUGGUUUCGCUCACAGAAUUUCAAGUGCACAUAAUGCCCCAGCCGAUUCCGCUACUGAGGGUGAUCAAUCUGCCGGACAACCCAGCGAAAAUACCCCGGGAAGUGUGGCGUCUGGUUGGGGUGAGAAUUUCUCUAACCCGGCCGGUGCCGGUUUUGGAUCCACAGGAAACUCUGGGCUAGGGGGGGAAUUCGGACAAUCUGGAGAUGAUCAAGGAAACACCAAUCCUAAUAAUAAUAUAUCUAGGUCCAUUGGGGGUGGCAGGAUCAGCUCGCAUGGUGUAGAAGAAAUAAUCACGAUCAACAUGCUGCCGGAAAAGGAGGGCAUGUUCUUUUUCCAGCAUCGAAACUACGAGGUCAAAUCCUCACGGCGAGGAAGCUCUGUAAUCCGGAGAUAUUCUGAUUUUGUAUGGUUGGUGGAUUGUCUACAAAAAAGGUAUCCUUUCCGGCAGAUACCACUUCUCCCUCCUAAGAGGGUUGCAGCGGACUCAAACUCCUUUCUCGACAAGCGACGAAAGGGUUUAGUACGAUUCACAACUUCGCUUGUUCGCCACCCUGUUUUGAACCAGGAGCAACUGGUGGUGAUGUUCCUAACCGUUCCUACAGAGCUGUCCGUCUGGCGAAAACAAGCCACCAUUUCCGUUCAGGAGGAAUUUGCAGGCAAACCACUACCUCCGGAUCUUGAAGACUCCCUCCCUCCGACUUUGAAUGAGACCUUUGAAAGAGUUCGUUCUGGGAUCAGGCGUUCAGCUGACAUUUAUAUCAACCUUUGUAAUCUACUUGACCGCCUUGCGAAACGUAACCAAGGACUUGCCGCCGAUCAAUUCCGGUUUUCCAGAGCCCUACAGUCUCUGACCGAUUGUACAUCGGACACAUAUGCUGUCGACACCAACGACGUGCCGCUGUUGAACAAUGGCAUUAACUCCACAGCCAAACACCUCAUCGCCAGCCAGGGGUUGUUAGAUGACGAGGUUCGAGCAUGGAACGACGGAGUGCUUGAAGACUUCAAGGCCCAGCGAGAUUGUCUCGUGGCUAUGCGCGAUCUAUUUGAUCGGAGGGACCGCUAUGCCAAGGACAACAUUCCACAACUUGAGCGGAGGAUUGAAAGCAAUGAGAGGAAAUUGAAAGAGUUGCGGGCUAGGCCUGAGGGGGUUGUUAAGCCUGGGGAGGUGGAGAAAGUUGAAGAUUCGAUUAUCAAGGACAAACAAUCUAUCGUCCAACAGCAUGCGAGGGGCGUGUUUAUCAAGGAAUGUAUCCGUGACGAGCUGCUGUAUUUCCAGAUGAGCCAGUAUCACAUCAGCCGGCUGCAUCAGGACUGGAGCCAAGAGCGGGUGAAGUAUGCCGAGCUGCAGGCCGAAAACUGGCGUUCUCUGUGCGAAGAAGUCGAGGCAAUGCCUACUGCUGAAUAG